AUGAAGAAUAGGCGGUAUCAAUUUCUCGCAAUUAUGGGAUUUACGCUUGCGAGUUUUUUAAUGCUACAGUAUGGGAGGUUAAAACGGAAUGAUUUUGAGCUGAUCAUUGAAAAACAGAAUUAUCAUCCGAUAAAAUAUUUAGACCUAGAUCCGAAUGUAAAUUCCAGUCUUCCACGGGGUACAACCAUUUACCACGUAACACGCGAAUUUGGUAAAUCCGCUAAAACUAACCUUGGUUAUCAUGUGACUGCCCUCGCCAAUGCCCAAUCCGCCGAUGAUUCUCUCUUAAUCAACAUAGUGACGCCCUACUACUCCUUCCUCAGGCAUGUGUAUAAAAGUAGUCCAUAUUGCAGACUUAGUAUUCGCAUUCGCGAUGAACACGAAAAAUGGCAGUCAGUAGAAUUCAGGGUCUACAGAUUUUGGUUUAACAACACUGAAAAUCAAACCUUCAACUCUAAUAAAUCAAACCUAAUCCGUGUGUUCAUGAUAGACCAUGCCUCUAAAGUUCACCCAUAUAAUUUAGCAUUUAAAUCAAGGAGCAUCUCCUCCACCAAAGGUUUGUCUUCCGAACUAGAGGAUUUAUAUUUCUGCAAGGCGGCAGCCGAAUUGAUCACUUAUCUAAACACGAUGAUUGAAACUCCCUUAUUUGCCAAGAUCAAUGCACGAGAUGUUGGUGUAGUACACAUCCAUGGAUCAAUUAACGCUCUCGCAGUCGAUUUGAUUAAAGAACUUCACAAAGAUAAUAAACCCCAGAAGACUCAUCCGCCGAUAAUAUAUACCUUGCAUGAUCACUAUGACGAGCAAUUGUAUUCUGUUCAUUAUGAGAGCCUAAAUCGUUUUGUAAGUGCCGAAAAGUUUAGAGUUAACAAUCCGAACUACUUUCAUCAAAACCGUUUAUUUACCUCUUCGCUGGGAAUCGACGGAUCACAGGCUGCAACUUUCGUGUCUGAAGAAGGUGCUCAAUACAUCGUAGAGAAGACACCGAAUUUUUAUAUGAAAGAACUGAUUAUGCCAAGUAUACUACAAAAGGCAAAGAAUGGAAGAUGGGUGGGAGUGAACAAAGACCUCGAUACAACCAUCCUAAAUCCAUUCAGUAACGCAGUGUUGUUGGAGAGUAAUUCCAAUUAUCCAAAUAACAUCGACUCAUUCGACGUUGAUCUAUUUUAUGCUGAAGUCGCUGAAUCCACGGGAUCACAACCGUUAAUACACACCGCAAAGACGAACGCAAAGAAUUAUUUGAUUCGUGAAGGGAUAUUGAAGAGUGAGGAUUUAAAAAAGUCAUUAUUAUUAUUCACUGGCAGCUUCAGAUAUCCCGAGGGAUCACAAUUUUUCGAUCGUGUAGCUGAAAUCCUAAAAGAUCAUAACGCGAAACUCAUGAUUGUGAUGCCGAGAUAUGACUUUACACGAGGUGAAGAUGAAAGUGGAGAAGAUAUUGAAAAGCUGGCGGAGAAGUAUCCGAAUGAAAUGUUGAUAUUUAAUGAUGAGCAAAUAUCGAUGGAUUGGGGUAUAUUAUUUAGAGCUGCAGCAGAUAUAGAAUUCUUACUUUCACUUAAGGAACAUUAUGAAAUGGCGAAUAUGGCCGAAGGCUCGUUUUUCGGAAAUAUUGUGAUUGGAGGUGUGACAAAAGAAUUCGGUGAUUUUUUUUCUAAUAAGGGCUUAAAGAACGAUCAUACGAAUUUUUUGUUUGACUUUUAUCCGCAUGAUCUUGAAAGUACAAUCAGAAGUUUGGAACCUAAAUUAAAGUUGGCGAUUAGUUAUUUAAGGAGUACGGAUAUGGAUUUUAGGAAGAGAGAAUUAUUUUUGAGGGGGUUUAUCAAGGGUGCGCUGAAGUUAAGCCAAGAAUCAAAAGGCAGGGAAGCAGAAAAAUACAAGAGAAUUUAUAAGAUGGCGAGUAAUGAAACGCGGAAAAGGUUAUGGCGUAUAGAAGAAAGCGAGGCGGAAUGGUAA